AUGUUCCUCUGGGGCAAAUGUUUCCUGCCGGUUUUCCUCCUCGCAAUGAUUGGCAACUUUUUGAACCUCGUCGUCUACAAUUCUGACCACAUUCGUUACUAUAUCGCUAUUCGUAUGCUCUGUACUCGGCUGGUCAGUUGAUAAUAAUAAUAAUUAUUAUCAUUCAGAUAAAAAUGUGGAACAAAAAGACACCUUGAUAGUUCGUGUAGAAAAAGAAGAUCUUCAAAAACCCGUUAUUAGUUUGAACUAUCUCAGAAAAAUCAGAACAAGUUUCUAAAUUUUCGAAAAAAUCAAAAAUUUGAAAAAAGUCAAGAUAUGAGGGGAUGAAAUCCAGCUCCGGUCUGUUUUAACACAAAAUGUACUGAGAAAAUCUUAGUGGCCUCCAUAGGGUUUUGACGUGUUAAUAGCCACUAUAGUAGCCGAUUUAGUGGCCGCUUUAGGGGUUAAAAAUUAGUGGCCACUGAAGAGCUCUAAGUGCUACUACUAAAGUUCCCACUAAUGAACAAUAAGUGGCCUCUAUAGAGGUGAUUUUAGUGGCCACUUUAUUAUCCUCUUCAAGUGGUCCUUGGGGAGCCUCUAUAGUGGGCACGAAAAGUUUUCCGUCAUUAUAAAUCUUUACCAAAAAAAUUAGGGCCUGAAGUUCGACUUUUGCGCUCCAUGGCUAAUUUUUCUCUGGGAGCACAGUUUAAAAAUAUAGCACCUAUUGCUCUUAUAUCAACUUCAAAUACUUUCAAAAUUAACUAAUUCGGAAGCCUCGUUAUUCGAUUUUCAUCAAAACCUGACAAAACUUGUAGCUGAUGAACACCCUGACGAUGGUCUUUCUCCUGCCCUAUUCACUACGGAUCAGCGAGGUCUGGGAGCACGGCUCCGUCAUCGACGAGUACUUCUGGCAAUACUACCCCUACCAACUAUGUUUCGUCAACCUGUUCGGCUUUUGCGCCAUGUGGUCCGUUUCAUUCUUCAAAACCUUUCUUUGAAGGAAAGUUCCAAAAGACAUUGUUCAAGUUACGAUUAAGACCUGAUGUUUGCUCUUUCUGUAGUUUUUCUGGUAACUUUUCACUUGAAAUUUCUUAAAAAUAGUUUGUUAGAGCACAUUUGUCGAAUUUUUCAGACUCUUAUUCGAUAACUCGACAAAGUGAUCAUAAUUCUCAAUUUUCCGGAGCGUGUGAAUCGAUCUCCCAACUUAUAAAGUACAUUUUUCCAGGCUAACAGUCCUGAUGACAGGCGAGUGCUACCUACACGUCUUCUUCCCGUCUCAUUCCAAGUCCUGGUGCACUAAGCGCAAUCUUUCAAGGUAUAGUUCAUUAGCAACAACUUGGAAGAGUCUGACAUGUCUGCGCUCUCUUCUCCCUCGUCGAAGAGAUAAUAGAAACAUGAAAAUAACACGUGAACAUGAGAGAAGGGCAAAGGCGACCCGCAAAGUAAAAAUGAGUGAAAGUAUAGAAAAUGAGUGAAAAAAAAGCUAGCAGAUCAGAAUAAAAGCGCAGAGAAAUCAGAUCAUUCCAAGAAAAGUGAUUUCUCAUUUUUUUUUUAAUUUGAAAAUAUUCUCUUCAGAAGCUACCUGGUGAUCUUCUCAGCGGCGACAGUUCUCGCCAUUUUCUACCCACUAAAUCGGACCGCCACCUUGGAUGUGCACUGUGGAAGGGUUGUGGUCACUAUCGUUGCUUCCGAAGGUUCGUUUUGAACUCAAGGGGCACAAAAUGCAUUUUACGAAAAAGAAAACGGGUUCCAACCUCCUCGAGGUAGUGACUUAUUUCAAGAAAACUUGGAAGCAAGUCCUCGAAAAAUCACCCGCCCAUGUUCGCUGCCUAUAUGCCUUUAGUACUGAAUCAUCAAUUAUAAGAAUAACUUUUCCAGAUUCCAUAUACGAAAUGCUAGAACGAAUCCACACUGUCGUGAGUCUGGUGGCGGCGAUUUUGGCGCCAAUGGGACUUCUAGUUUUCAUGACGUCAUCAAUCGUUUGGAAGCUCCUUCUAAGGAGAUCCGACUUUCCCAACACGUCUCAUUUCACGUGAGCUUUUCUAAAGAUCUUAGAAAAACAUAGAAGAAGAAAAACUUAAUAAAAUCAAAAAAUCUCUUUUUUUUCAGUUUUUUUUUCUUCGUAAAACAAACAUUCUUAUCAAGAGACCUUUAAACUGAGAUAUAAGAAAUAUGUUUCCCAACCAAGAUUUCUAAAAUUUUUUCCAUUUCAGGGCCGAAAAACGUUGCGUUACCAGAAUCACGCUUAUCACUACAAGUCUUCAGGUAAAAACUAGCUUCACAGGCAAAGUCCAAACGACCUCAAAAAGGCCUAAGGAGAGCCUAAAGUUCCUUUUUGAGUUUCUAAAAAGGUGUCCAAAGUUUCUCGAAAUACCUUUUUUUCGCCUUUUGUCCUUUUUGAGACCUUUUGGACUUUUUCCGUGUUUAUAAAACUUUAAAAAAAUUAAUGGGUUCGAUUCAAAAAUGGUACUUUUUUGGGGUUUUCCGCUUAAAAACUUUUUAAAAAAAUCCAUCCAAAUCUUGAUGUAACUCAAUCUUUCAUUUAAAAAAAAAAGAUGAUGGAAAUAACUGAAAUAGUUGAAUUUUCUGCAGAGAAUUCGCGAAUGACUCAAAAAUCAACAUUUUGAAUAGAAAUAUUUUAAUUCUGUUCCUAAGCUUUUCUCAUAAAUUAAUGAACUUUCAAUUCCUUUGAACUUAUCUCUCUAAUAUUUGAUUUAAAAACUUUUCUAAAAUCAAAGAAAUUUCCUGUAAAUGAUCAAAAUUACACCUGAACUUCAUACUUUCACCUCCCUAAAACUCCAAUUUUUUUUCUUCCGAUAAUUUCCCAGAACCUCCUCUCUACUUUGUACUUUGAACUUGUAGCCUUGCUUUUUUCAAAAUUAUAUUAUUCACCAGUUUCUCAGAUUUUUUGUACUUGAUCUCAUAUUUUCUAACUUUUUUCUAGGAUUUUCUCAUUUUUUUUUCUACAACAGUUUAUACUUUGAGCUUUUCCCUAGAACGCUAUAGUAUCCAGUGAUUAUUCAGACGUUAAAAAAUUGUACCUUCAGCUUCUGGCCGAACUUCCACCUGUCCCGGUGUUCGUCUACGCGUCAGUCAUCGGACCAUUGGUCACGAAUAUCGAGGCUGUUUGCAUCUGGAACACUUUGGGUACAUUUUUUCAUUAAAAAAAAGCCAUAAAAUAAAUUUCAUACUUUUUAGGGCUUUUUUAAGCUUCGUAGAGUCUAAUUUUAACCCUUAGAAACUUCUUUUUUGGUUUUUAUUUUUUGCUUGCAAUUUUGGAAAAAUCUAUGGGGUUUUCUCUUUCAUAGGGAAAAAAAAAGAAUAUAAAAAAAUAGAUUUUCGCACCUUUUCCGGUUUUUUAAACUCCAUGAGAUCAAAUUUUCCCGGAAAAAAAAAAUCUUUUUCACUAACUAUAGGGUGGUGCCUAGAACACUACAUACUUAUUUUCAAAAAAAAAAAACCGGGGAAAAAAUCAAAGUUUCAGGCGUUUUCCUCGGCCUGUGCAACAUAAGCCUCUCCUUCUUCGUCUACAUUGUUUUCUCGGAAAAAUUCCGACAAUUGGUCAAAACGUGAGUCUUCCCGUGCUUCACAAAUGGUUUCUUUUUCAGAAAAAAAAAAAUUGAAAAUCUUUCCGUAUCUCCAAAUUUCUCCAUUUUCACGCAGUAUUCAGGCUUUUUUCAUCGAUCGAAAACUAAAAAUCAAGCUUGAUAUUUACUGCCAAAGUCGGAAGUGCGACCGCUAAAAGGGUUCCUUUUUACGGCCUUUAUUGAGCCUUUCAUUCUUGGUGGGCUAAAAAGGGUCAUAAAGGGCGAAAAAAGGGAGAGGCCGCAAAAAGGGUAAAGAAAGAGUGAGGGUGCAAAAAGGGUACUGAAAGUCUCGGCCCCUGCAGAUUUUCGAUUUUAUUACUGUAGCAAGUUUUGGUUCAUACACAUGGGAAAGACUAUUCUGAAUUUAAAAAUUUUUUUGUUUCUCAAAAUGGUCCAUAGAGUGGAUAAAGGCACAUGAAAGGACGGAAAAAGGCAGUAAAAAGGAAACCGUUGCCACCCGUUUAGGAAUAAUUAAUGGAAACCCUUUUGCACCCAUAACGCACAUUCAAAAGGCCCGUAAAGGGUCCUCCCGACUUUGCCUAUGCCGUACUUUAUCUGAACCCCCUUGAUCCGAACCUUAUUUGAUCUUGGAACUUUCAGCCGCCUGGGCGAAAUGUUCUGCAAAUGUGGGUCGGCCCAAUCGAGGAUCACCCAGUACGGGGCCACCUCCGGGACGGACCCCAAAAUCACGACCAACCUGCUCAUCAAACCGCCAAAAAGCACGGAAAGUGAGCAAGACGGCCAAAGAAUCUUCCGUAUUCUCGAUUUUAGACUCUUGCUGCACCGACACCUACCUUAUCAAUGAACGAUCUUCGGCCGCCGAGGACGCCUUCCUCUGA